AUGAGGUCUAAAGUGAUAUUAUUCUGUGCUUUGCUUUUCGGGUCUAAAUUUGUUGCACCAAUUCCUUUUGAUGAGGAAUUGGGCCAACAAAGAGCAUUUCAAUCAAAUAGCUGGCAAGAAAACGUAAACACAGCUGAACAAUAUCAUGGUUCCGAUUUCACACGAGCUCAUAGCGUAAAUGCUAUGACUAAUUCUGCACAACAAUUCCCGACCGGUCAAGAAUUUGAAACUAAUCGAAGAAGACAGCAUGGCAAAAAUUAUGAUAAUUACUUUCUUCAUUCAGUAAACGUUGCCCCAGAAGGUACAAAUGAACAGAGAAAAGAUGAUUUUGUAUCGCGAAUUGAUUCAUUUCCUAUCAGGAACCAGCAUCACCCAAUCAGAGUGGAUAAUCAGUUCAAGCAACAGAAUUGGCAGUCACACAAUGGGUUCGAAAAUCAAACGAUGGGUGCCAUUGAUAAUAUUCCCACUGCCCAUGAAAGUCCGCUGUCCGUACAAAAACAAUAUCAUAACUCAGGUCAAGUCAUGCAGUCACCACCGGUCAAUCGUCAACAGUAUCAAGCUGAUAACUCAUAUCCAAAAGAUCUCUAUUAUCAUCCAGUGCCACAAAAAUCUGGAAACAUUAGAUAUGUGGCUCAUAAUAGGCCUAGUACUGAAACACGUGCUGGUCCCGUGCAUUACGAAAGUUAUCAUGAGGCACAUGAGCACAAUACUGAUAUAGCAAAAUCUGGACGUAAUGCCUACGUAGAAAAAGUCCCAGCAUCGUCUAGACCUCACAAUUCUUAUGAUUUUGAAAAUCACAACCAGCCUGCUUCUAAAGCUUUAAAUGAACCCGGAAGUUACAUUUUUCCACCAGAAUCUAAUGACAACAAAAAUAUUCAUGUCGCAUCUGUUAAUACAGGUUUCAAUAAUUUCUAUAAAAGAUAUAUGCGACAUCCCAUUAUUACACCGCCACCACGUUAUCCUCCUAUUAAUUUCGGACAUAACGUGCAGCCUUUAUAUACUUAUAGACAUACGGAAAGCCCUAUAAUUCAUUCUCAACCGCAUAAUCAUGUACGUGACGCUUAUCGCCCAGAAGUACCGCUUGGUGCAGUACUAGAUGAAAGUGGAAGUACUAAGUAUAUUCGGAAACCGAUAGUUGAAAAGGAGCCAAAUAACUAUGCACCUCUGAAUACUCAUAACGUAAGUCCUGUAAUACAGAAUGAUUCUGCUCCAUCUAAGACCGCGAGCAAUGAUAAUGUGUUUCUGAAACCUACAAACGAUGAAGGAGCCUCAGAUACAACGGCUGAUCACAAAAAAACUAAUAUUUUUUACAAUUUCACUGACGAAAACCCUAAUGAAAAUGUUUAUGAUUUUCAAGAUGGCGAAAAUGUGAAAGAGUAUUUCUUGGGUAAAAUAAAAAAGAAUUUCGUUAUAAUUUAUGCAAAUGGCACAGUUGAGUACGUGAACCAUUUGAAUACAGGCGACGAUCCUGACUACAUCGUAGUACAUAAUGAUAAACCACUUGUACCGUCGCCACAUGUGACCUCCAAUUCUCUUCCAGGAAGUCAACAAUCGAUAUCAAAAAUUCUGGACACCCUUCCCGAUAAGACAAAUUACUUUGAUUCAUCAGUGACUUCAAAUGAAAAUAAUUACAAUAAACAACCCCUUCAUGUUGAUGAUGCCUACAAUUCACCAUUAGCGUCACAGCCGCUAAAUGAGAAUCUUAAUUCCAAUUCAUCGUCAUCAACUGUUUUCGAUGAUAAUCCAUCCCCUGGAUCACUAGAUAAUUAUAAUCCAUUACUAGGACCAUUGACCUCACACAGCAAUAACUAUAAUAGGGAUUCUGAGGCUUAUGAGAAUAGAAACAGUCCAUAUAACUCAAAUCAGAACAAUGGCGUUUCAAGGUGGCCAUCAAAACUUCUAACACAUAUAUCACCUACGGGUACACAUACUUCAACUACUCCCGCUUCUGAUGAUGCAAUGAUACAAGAAUUCCUAGAUUCACUUUCUAUUGAGACUAAUAAGGACUUACUUAGCGAUAGUAAUUAUUAUUCGCCACAAGAUAAAACUGCUUCAAAUCACGAUAGUAAAUAUCCCUCUGGUCAUGGACAUACUACGAUACCAUCUUCACAGUUGCAUACAAUGAUAUCCCCUGGUAUAUUCAAAUCAACCACUUCAGCCCUUGAUAACUUAGAAAUCCAAGAACAUCAAGACUCACAUUUUCUUAUAACUGAUACUUCUUCUAUACUACCUCCUCGUGAAUAUGAGGAGAGCCUUCAAGACACGACAACACAAACAUCAUCAAAUAGUGAUUUGGACAAUAAUCCAAAUAGCACUCCAGUUGAUGAAAUCAUCACAAUAUCACCGAUAGAGUUUGUCACAGAUAACGUGAAAGAUGGUUCAUCGCCGAUUCCGGCAGAUAAAGAGCCUCUGGAAAUAGAAAGCGUAUAUGCUACAGAAGAACUGAGUAAUUCAGAUAAUGUUUUAACAUCUUAUGAUACUACAACAUCGCAGCCUACUAAUCUAGACGAUUUGCAUAACACUGACAGUAUCGAUGAUGUUUUAACACAAGUUACAAAUAGUGUGGAAAUUGAGAAAAAUAGUAAUGAAUCAGGAAAUGAAGAUACGAGUGCAUCGAGUGAUGACACACUAUUCGUAUCCAUUACCAGACAAAAUAGCGGCGACACCGAUUUGAUAACAGUGGAGAAUGAUGCCGAUGGACAAAAUUAUUUCAACACCGACCAAACAAAUUCCGAUGAAGCUAGUCCUACAAAAAAUUUGAAGCUUGAUUUACCAAAUGCUUUGGUGUUAAUGAAUGGAACGACUGAUAAAGACUACUUAAAUCAACUGCUGUCGAGUGAUUCUAAAGUAACCUUAUUUAUAUUUCAAAUGCCUUGUCAAGAUGAGUCAAUCGUGGAGAAAUCUAAAGAAACGACUAUUUACCCAAAUGGCACUUGUAUUGAGCUAUUGACAGAAACACGAUGGAAGAAUAAAAACGACCCGUCCCCGGUAAUAACUACAAUGAAGAAAAUUUACGAUAGUGGAAAAUGUAAUUGA